UGCAUACCAGAAACAAAAAAACAACAACCGGACACUGAGCUGCAACUCGGGAACACAACACCUCAGAAAGCUCUCACCAGACACCUCACCGGGAGAAAAAUCACUCCGCACACAGAGAGAUAUGGGAUAAUGUCUCAUCUGAUUUUUCUGCCAGCAUAAAAAAAGGGGAGCUAUGGAAAAGGGGUGGUGCAUCUGAGCUAGAGAUCCUAUUACAGAGAUCCAGACUUUUUUCAUGGCAAGUUUUUUGGAAGUGGGGGGAGGGCGAAUCUACAACUUUCUCGGCCUGAUGUCUUUUUCAUACCCAGCCUUAAAUGCUUCAAAUGAAUACUUUAUAUGGUUUUAAGUUGAUGAUGCGUUUUUUCUAGAGUUGAAGGCAGUUUUCGGAGCUGUUGGAAUUUGGAUAAUGAAGGAAUUCAGGAGGAUCCAGCAAGGAUCGGACGAGAAGAGCAGCGUAAAAAAGUUUGGGAGGACUGCGAGAAAACUUUGAAGCGCCCCGCAGAUUUCCAUUCACCAUGCCGCGUUUGGAAACGUAUUCGAAAUCUAAUGAAGAAAACUUCAUUUUUGGGUGUCUUGGGAAACAGAAUAACUGAAGCACUAGAAUCCAAAGUAAUCUCAGUUUUGCAUAGUUGAAUCUCUCUCCCAAGAUGUCUUCCCAGAGUUGGAGCACCAUUGUUGGAUUUUACGGGAUGCUUUGCGUCUGGGCUGCCUGGCUUUCGGACACCGGGGCAGUGUUGUCUCCAAACGGGACGAUAUUUGAGGAUAACUGCAAGAAAGCCACAACUUGUGAGGCACUUAAAUACAACACAUGUCUGGGAUCGCCUUUACCGUACACACAUACUUCUCUGAUCCUGGCGGAGGACUCCAGCACCCAAGAAGAGGCUUUUGAGAAGUUGACCAUGUGGUCUGGUUUGCGGAACGCUCCUCGCUGUUGGUCAGUCAUCCAGCCUUUGCUCUGUGCCGUCUACAUGCCCAAAUGUGAGAACGGCCGAGUUGAGCUGCCCAGCCAGAGCCUGUGUUUGGCUACACGCCGGCCAUGCAGCAUCGUGGACCAAGAGAGAGGCUGGCCCACCUUCCUUAAAUGUGACAAGUUCCCUGUGGGCUGUUCGAACGAGGUGCAGAAGCUGAAGUUCAACACAUCAGGUCAGUGUGAAGCUCCCCUGGUGAAGACAGACAUUCAGUCGAGUUGGUACAAGGACGUGGAGGGCUGCGGUAUCCAGUGUGACAACCCCCUGUUCACCGAGGAGGAGCACAAUGACAUGCACGCCUACAUCGCUUACUUUGGCACCAUCACCCUCCUCUGCACCUUCUUCACCCUGGCCACCUUUCUUGCCGACUGGAAGAACUCCAACCGCUACCCAGCUGUCAUCCUCUUCUACAUCAACGCCUGUUUCUUCGUGGGCAGUAUCGGCUGGCUGGCCCAGUUCCUGGAUGGAGCACGCGACGAGAUUGUGUGCAAGAGCGAUAACACCAUGCGACUUGGGGAACCCUCGUCUUCAGAGACGCUGUCAUGUGUCACCAUCUUCAUCAUCGUGUACUACUCCCUGAUGUCGGGUGUGAUUUGGUUCGUCAUGCUGACCUAUGCCUGGCACACAUCCUUCAAAGCCCUGGGCACCACCCACCAGCCGCUGUCUGGCAGAACCUCCUACUUCCACAUGGUCACCUGGUCUGUCCCCUUCAUCCUCACUGUGGCCAUCCUGGCUAUCGCUGAGGUGGAUGGAGACUCAGUCAGUGGGAUCUGUUUUGUGGGCUACAAAAACUACAGAUACCGUGCUGGGUUUGUGCUGGCUCCCAUUGGAGUGGUGCUUGUUGUCGGCGGCUACUUCCUCAUUCGGGGUGUCAUGACUUUGUUUUCCAUUAAGAGUAACCACCCAGGACUACUGAGUGAGAAAGCGGCCAGCAAAAUCAACGAGACCAUGCUGAGACUCGGUAUAUUUGGUUUCCUCGCAUUUGGCUUUGUUUUAAUCACCUUCGGCUGUCACUUCUACGACUUCUUCAACCAGGCUGAAUGGGAGAGGAGCUUCAGAGAAUACGUGCUGUGUGAAGCCAACGUGACAAUCGCCUCUCAGACCAACAAGCCAAUCCCAGAAUGCACCAUUAAGAACCGGCCUAGCCUGAUGGUGGAGAAAAUCAACCUGUUCUCCAUGUUCGGGACGGGAAUCGCUAUGAGUACCUGGGUCUGGACCAAGGCCACCAUCCUCAUCUGGAAACGGACCUGGUGCAAGAUUAUUGGCCGUAGUGACAAUGAACCCAAGAGGAUCAAGAAGAGCAAGAUGAUUGCCAAGGCAUUUGCGAUGAGGAAGGAGCUUCACAAGGACCCAGAAAAGGAACUGUCCUUCAGCAUGCACACCGUGUCCCAUGAUGGACCAGUGGCUGGAAUAAAUUUUGACCUCAAUGAGCCAUCAAAUGACAUGUCAUCAGCAUGGGCGCAGCACGUGACUAAGAUGGUGGCCAGGCGAGGUGCCAUCCUACCUCAGGACAUCUCUGUUACUCCUACUGGUACACCAGUGCCACCUCCAGAGGAGAGGAACAGGCUGUGGAUGGUGGAGGCUGAGAUUUCACCAGAGAUGAUAAAGAGGAAAAAGAAGAAGAAGAAGAGGAAGAAGGAGGUGCGUCCAGUGGAAGAAGUUGUAGACCACCAGGCUUAUCGCCAACGUGAAUUUGGUCGCAGUUCAGUGCCUCGCCUGCCCAAACUGCCAUGCCACCCCAGUCUGGUCGCUAAUCUGCGGGAACAGCAGAGGCAACAGCAGAAGCUGGAGGAAGAAGUACUGCCAGGAUCCUACCCAGACUUCCAACCCUCCCACCCCCUGUCCUGUGAGGAGAGGUGUCCCUACCCGCAAUACCAGAGCAGUUGGAACAGCUAUGGCCGCAGCAUGCUCUCUAACCCUCUAACCCUCAACAAUCGCCCAGAGGAUCUGGGUCUGGGCCCACGCUGCCUCCCCUCAGCGUCCACCUGGCAGCCCAGUGGAUAUUCCCGCUACCCUGGAGAGAUGGAUCUCACCGACGGGCUGUCAGAGAGGUUGGCCCACGUGGCUCGGGUACCGGCAGGCCGAAGGGCAGGUUAUGGGCCCAUUCACUCCCGGACCAAUUUAAUGGAGGCGGAGCUGAUGGAUGCUGACUCUGACUUCUAAGAGCAUAGCUCCAAUAUACUGCUUUGUGGUACACAGACAGUAAGCUAUAAAAAGUGCUGGAUACUUUCAAAGUUCUUACUAAAGUGCACCUAAUUCCCAAUGCCCAGAGGUCAAGAUGGAACUAAGCUCAGUUUUUUUUGUGUGUGUGUGUGUAUUUUGUUUUGUUUUGUUUUGUUUUUUUAGAAAAAGCAAAGGGAUAAAGUGAAAAAAAUAUGUUGUGAAUAAGUUAAUGAAAAAAUAUUUUUUAUACUUUAUUUGUGUCCAAUACAAUUUCAGAGGCAACUCCGUGAUGACAAGACAAUUGAGGCAGCUAAACUUUAUAUGGCUUGAAACCGAUAUCUUUAUUCUGAAACGCCCAUGCAUUCAUCAGCUAGUAUCAGCUGAGCCCUGUUUGUGAUAACAUUAAACUCUGAACGUGGCAGGAUAAGUCAAGGUGUCAAGGAUGAAUUGCUAAUUGAAACAGUCAACUUGUUAUUGGAAUGACCAGUAAGGACAUUUGAAGAUGUAGGCAGUCGAUAAAACUUUUGAAAAACAGUUAUAUUCUUAAUCUUUGACUGACCACUUGCGUCAUAAUUAUUUGAACUUUCCCAGGGCAGUAAAACCUGACUCUUACAGAAGACCAUACAGGUAAAAAAACAAAUGCUACGGGCUACUUGCAAAUACUGUUUAACCCAGGUCCUCUUUUGUGUUAUAUUUUAAUGUUCUUAAGACUCAAUUUCUCUCUUCCCACUACUACUUAGCCAUUAAUUACUUGUGUUUAUAUAUAGUGAACUUGAGGUACUAACUUAAGUGGCAGGACUUUGAGAGGUUUCUUUAAGAAUUUGUGAUACACACUGGGACUUAAACAGAAGCCAGGAAGAAAUUAAAUUUUCAUUUGUAUAAGACAAUUCAUUUUUCAUUUCAGUUUUGUUUUAAGUUGAACACACCAGUCUCACAGCUUCACAUAACCCGAAUUAUUAUCUUGCGUCCUUACUUUCCUUCAUUUUAUUGACAUUACCUUGCAAAGUAAUAGUGACAUGAUUUUGUUAGAGAGUAAACACCUGGCUGAAAAGCAGUGUUUUUCUGCCCUCUCUGGUUGAAAGUUUCAAGCCAGUUUCCCACACCCAGCAUUACUGAUAGGUGUGGUUGGGUGUGGUACCUGUAACCACACCCAACAGUGAUGUCACCGGGUCUUGAAGUACACCUGUACAUCACUGCAGAAAGGUGAAAAGUUAAACUACUGGAGGUCAGCAAAGACAAGAUGUUCAGGCUAAAAUACAUGCUAAUUAUUUGUAUGGUGCAAUAAACCAACAGUUAGCUUAGUUCUGCUUGUAGAAAAAGACUGAAAUGAAUGGACCAUCGGUUAUCCUUGUGUAUUUCAGAACAGCUUUUCUCCUUUUACAAUUAUUGUUAAUUCUCAGUGUUAUUUUUUUACAGCAGUAUUUCUAAUUUUGUUAAUCUGUUGUACAUGUUCAAUCUAAACUGGGCUUCAUGUAUGUUUCCUCUUCUCUUCAGUAAAGUUGAGAAUCUUUUGUAUGAUGUGUUUUAGACUGCAGUGGGCUCAGAAGUCACUUUUUACCAUGAGUCUCUUUCCUAAAUGCUUCUAUUUUUCACUCUCUCUCUUUCUAAAUGUGUGUACUGUAUAUAGGUUGUUCAUAGAUUUCUCAAUAAGGGUAUUUGUACAGAUUUAUAUAUCAAAUCACUUGUUUUACUCUGCUGAUAUAAAUAAAAAGGGAAGAGUCAACUAUGCUAUAAAAUGUUGUCACUGUACUUGUGCUGUAACCAAAAUUCCACCUAGUAUUGUCAUUUUACACUCAAUAUGGAUAAAUGAUGCUGAAGUAGACUGUGAUAGACCGCUUCUUAGCCGAUGCAAAUUAGUUUGUUUAAUGUAAGUGUCUAGUUAUUCAUGUGAGCUGUGUAUGAUAGAGAAUUAUUUAUGUUAUUAGUAGUUACCACACUGCUAUGAAUUCAACAAUAUAGUGAGUUUGGCAACAAAAGUAAAGCAUAGCUGAUAUACACCCAAAACAUUGUUCAAAGAUUGUUAAGAUAUUAAAUGAAGAUUACCUUGGAAAUUAUGUUUUACUCUUUAUGCCUUGAAAAGUAAUACAUUCUGUUUUUGUAAGCUGUCUAAAAGAUGUAGGCCUACCAGCAGGACGUGUGUUGCUUUCUGUGUUUAAUCUCCUAACUGUGUAAAAAAAAAGUUUACUGUCACUUUGACUGUGCAGCUGUACUUCUUUCUUUGUUCUUUUUAUAUGUAAAUAAAAGUAACCCUACACUUUUC